ACAGACACACACACAGAGAGACACACAGAGAGACAGACAGGAGUCUCCGGCUUCACGCACACCGGGAUUUAUUCACGCAGAGAUUCCGGAGCAUCAGUCGGAUCCCGCACCGUGUGAACCGGCGCCGUCAGCAGGGAGCCGACCUCCAACAGUGGAUCUGACUGGAUGAACCCGUCUGUUCGCCCGUCCGUCCGUCCCUGCAGCAGCCAGAGGAAGGAUCUGAUGAGAGGUCUGCAGAGAGAGGAGAGAAGAGACGACCUGCUAUGGCCAGCGCAGCUGAUGGUGUAGGCAGUCUGGGAGCUGAGCAGAACCACCUGAGCGUCCCUGUCACUGAUCAUGGAGCCUGGGCCACGGCCAUGAACAACCUGGGCAUCAUGCCAGUGGGCAUCAGUGGGCAGCAGCUGGUUUCAGACUCUCUGUGCAUCCAGAGGUUCGACCCCGGGCUGGGCCUCAUCGCACCCAUAAACCCCAUGAUGGCGGGCAUCAGCCUGGUCCCUCCACCGCCCGUCCCCCCCGACAUGCCAGUCAUCAAGGAGAUUAUCCACUGCAAGAGCUGCACCCUGUUCCCCCAGAACCCCAAUCUGCCCCCGCCUUCGACACGGGAGCGCCCACCCGGCUGUAAGACGGUGUUUGUCGGAGGUUUGCCGGAGAACGCCACCGAGGAAAUCAUCAGGGAAGUGUUUGACCAGUGCGGGGAGAUCAUCGCCAUCCGCAAGAGCAAGAAGAACUUCUGCCACAUCCGCUUCAGUGAGGAGUUCAUGGUGGACAAGGCUAUUUACCUGUCAGGGUAUCGGAUGCGUAUCGGAUCCAGCACUGAUAAAAAGGACUCGGGGAGGAUCCACGUGGACUUCGCCCAGGCCAGAGACGACCUGUACGAAUGGGAGUGUAAACAGCGUUUACUGGCCAGAGAGGAAAGACACCGCCGUAAGGUCCACGAAGACCGACUGCGGCCACCGUCUCCUCCGCCCAUCGUGCACUACUCUGAACACGAGGCGGCGCUGUUAGCGGAGAGACUGAAAGAUGACCACAAGUUCAGCGAGGCCACGGCGGUGCUGUUCACCUGGAUCGACCGCGGCGAGGUCAACCGCCGCACCGCCAAUCACUUCUACUCCAUGAUCCAGUCAGCCAACAGCCACGUUCGGCGGCUGAUGGGUGAGAAAGCUCAGCACGACGAGGAGCUGGAGCGCGCCAAGGAGCUGUUCAAGAACGCCCUGAUGGCCAUUUUGACGCAGUUCGAGCAGAUCACCACCGUUUUCACCGCCGCCACCAGGCAAAAGGCAUUGGGACAUUCUCAAAAAGCACAGCGCAAGAACAUAGACAUUGGGCAAGCAGUGUGUCAGGAGCUGAGGAACGCCCACAGCGAGGAGAUCAUGGGCAUCCGGCGGGAGGAGGAGAUGGAGAUGUCUGACGACGACUCUGAUGAGAGUCCCUGUAAGAGGAUGCGGAGCUCAGAGAACGGAGCGUACGAUCAGACCCAGGCGUCUCUGAAGGAGGAGAACGACUCCCUGCGCUGGCAGCUGGACGCCUACAGGAACGAGGUGGAGCUGCUGAGGAAAGAGCAUCUGAGGUCCAACCGAGCGGAGGACGAGCACACACACACACACAGUCCGGAGGCUCAGAUCCAGCUGCUGCAGCAGAGCAUGCACACCAUGCAGCAGCAACUGCUGAGCCUGCAGGAGAAGCUGACGAGUAAAGAGGCCGAGCUGGAGCAGGCGAAGGAGGAGCAUCGCUACCUGGAGGGGGAGGUGCUCAGCCUAAGAGAAAAGCUGCUGAGCAGUAAUGUGGAGGCUGUGGAGGGAACCAAUGGAGAGCUACAUGAAAAGGGGAUGAACGGGUGUGUACCUUCACUAUACCACAGCAGAGAGAGGAGGGGUGAGGUCAUCAUGAGAGGAGGGGUUGCAUCAGAGAAAGAGGCUGUGCUGCUGGGAAUCAUAUCGACCUUCCUCCACGUCCAUCCGUUCGGAGCCAACCUCGAGUAUCUGUGGUCGUACAUUCAGAGACUGGACUCAAAGGUGUCUGCGGGGGAGCUGGAGCGCCUCAUGGUCCGUCUGCCCUCCAUGUUCAGGCAGGAGCUGAGCGGCGUCGGCGCCACUCUGGAAAAACGUUGGAAGUUCUGUGGAUUCGACAGCGUCGGGUCGGCGUGACGCAGAGCGCACACACACACUGAGAGGACACAGUGGACACAGGACGCCGCAGACAUUUAACCUGUGUUUGCGUGUGUGUGUGCGGACGGGGAUGUUGACACUGGAAUCGGUGGAGGAGAAGGAUCUUCAGACCUCAGAGACACAGUCCACAUCCCCGUGGACCCACAGUCUUCACUAACAGGGGUCUCCAAAACCCAAGUCUCUACUUGGAACUGGAUCAUGUUCCUGUGGCGUCUUUGGAGCUUUAAACACAGAGAAGCAACCUGCAACAGGAAGAGAGUCGGGCUGUCCCCCGAUUAGAGAUCGACUAGUCGUUUGUGAUGUUAAUUUAAUUCUUUAAAUAUCUUUAUUUUAACAGAAGUAAUGAGUCUGAAUGUGUCACAACAAAUGUCUUCAUCUUCAGAGUCAGAGUCCUGGCUGGAGCCGCUGUAAAUCAACUGACCUCCGUCGGUGUUCGACUGUGUUCGGUCCCGGCCGUGAUCCCUGGUAGGCCGCUGAGACCGCCUCCAUUGCCCAUCACCUGACUCUGACUCUGGUGCUCAUUACCGCCCCCCGUACUACUUUGACCUCCCAGAGUCCGGGUACAGUCAGCUAACAGGACUGCUAACUAACUAAUAGCUAAUUCCUGUGUUACAAGAGAAAAGGUCUGUGUUGCAACAAUCCUUUCGAUACAGAGUUUAACAUUGUUUUUCUGCGACUAUCUCACUGAUGAAGGGGGACAGCCUUAGAAGAGAGAGCAAGUUAUACCAAAGUUGAUCCUUUACACGUUUGGUUAUAAAGAAAAACUUCAUGCCAGACCUUCAUUUCAUUAAUUAACAAAACGGGACCACUGAUUUCUCACUUUGUCCAGAAACUGGGUGAACUUACAUCCUUGUGACUCUCCAGGGUUUAUAUGGAAAUGUAGCUCAAAGAAACUCCCACUGCAAAAAUAAACCAAACUACAGGAGUUUACACACCAACUCUGAUCGUUUGUACGUCUGUCAUUACGCACAGAAACCUUUUAUUGAGAUCACUGAGUCGGAUUUACUGCCGUUACAACAGACUCAUACAGAACUUUAAACCCAACAUACUAACUAGGAGAUUGUUUACAGUAGCUUUUGUAAAAAUGUGCGACUCAUGUUGUAUUUUUUUUUAGGCUUUUCUUUGUUGUUAUGAAAUUGUGAGAGAAAGUUAAAAUUAUAAAACAAAAAAAGUAUUUAUAGUAUUUAGUAUUUUUUUUAAAGAUAAUUCAUUUAAAAUCAAAGACAACUGGUUCCAGUGAGAAUACGAUCUUUAGUAGUUUGGUGACGUAUGCUGUGAUUGGUGAAAGUUGCAGCGGUUGGAUAAAGUUUUAAUGUCACAUAGAAGUCACAGUGAUUGGUUGGAUUUCCUGGAGGGACUAACCAUCAUCUCUAUCAUCAUAUAAACAUAAACUUUAAAUUAAAAGAACCAUAAAUACAUAAGCUAAAGAAAAUAUACCAUAAAGCCUUACAGAAUACUUUUUCCCGUCACAUUGGCAGAAAUGGGCUUCCGUAGGUGGUUGUACGGUCGAUGACAGUUUCAGAGUUGGUGUGUGAACAUGUGACCUUAUUUAUUUCUUAACACCAGACUGAAAAUAACUCCAGUCUGAAAACUUCCUGCAGAGAUCAGAGACAUAAAGUGGAGCAGUGAAAUGUGUAAAAAGGACAAUAUGAAUGAGGAUGGUGGUGUUUUAUGGUGGAUGAUAUGAGGAAGAGGAGUCAGCUCAAUCAUUCCACCUAAUUUAUUUCAUUAGAGUGUGUAAGGAGGCUGUGCAGCGAGGGCAGCAGACUGAAACAUUACUGUGUUUAAAUGUGAUGAAAAAGAAGAAUUUAGUUUCCUUCUGAAUGAGUGAGGAUGAAGAAGAGAGGAGCAACGAAGACUCUGACGAGGAGGAGACGCCACAGAUAUGUUGCUUUCUCAUUUUUCUUUUGUCUCCAAAGACCACCGUGCUGUACGUCCGAUUACAGAUGAUCAUUCAGUGGUUUUGUAUUGCACUUCCAUAAAGUUACCAGACUCAUUGUUUUUCUUAUUUAAAUAAAGUUGUUGUCAGCAGAGAUACUUUAA